AAAAAAAAAAAAAAAAAUGGCAGACAUCCUUCCACAACUCAUCGACUUUGCUACUCAAUUGGACUUGCAGCGCCUCAUUGUUGCUCAAACAAUAGUAUGUCUGCUUGCAGCAAUCCGAUCCGUGCCUGUUUACAAUCUUCCUUUACUUUUCUUUGGUCUCUACGCGUAUGAACACCAUGAAUCUGCUGAACCAUUACAACAGUUUGCUGGUUUUACAGCAUUCAGUAUUUUGCUCGAUAUUGUUUGGUGUUUGCUGUCACCAGGAAUUGGCUUUGGAGAAGGGUUGACAAUCGUUGUCCUGCUCUUCAAGCCAUUCACCAUUAUCUCAGCACUGCAGCUACUGAAGUAUCGUGGUGACCCAUUUUCUAUCCUUGGUGGAGGCGGAUGGUCAAGCAGAGGACAUGGAUUAGGAAACGGUGGAUUUGGUGCAUAUCAAUCCCUUGGGGAUCCCCUGGACGACGAACGGGACGCAGAAGAGAUUAGUAUUCCACGUCACCAUAGUGGGAACAGCCACAAUAGCCACAGUGGGAGUAGCCAUCUCUUUCAACACCAUCAAGGGCGCCACCGCUAUUCACAACAAUCAAGUUCGUUCAUGACCUCCAGUAGUCGCUCUGCGUCUGUUAAAUCGAGCAAGACUGGCAGUGGUUACAAUGUCGAGCUUGGACAUGGUCCUAGUCAUAAUCUCAGCAACACAAGUAGCAUCAUUAACACCAAUACCAAUACCAAUACCAGUAAUAACAAUAAUAGUGGCAACAGUAUCAAUCAAAGUUCGAUGACGGCUGCUGGGCAGCAUAGCAGUGGAAAAGCUGUCUCUGUCGCUAGUUCAAAUGCCAGGGACGAUCGACGAGACAAGGUGGGGCAGGUCUUUUCGGAAGACGAGGAUGAUGAUACAAGCAGUCGUGAAAACCUCACACAUAGCAGUUCAGAGAACACACGACUAGGCCAUUAAGCCUUCUUUUAAGCAUGUUAAUAAAAAC